GUUUAUCCCUGCCUUGCUAUUCCCCAUCGCCCUCUUUCGUCCCCUCAUCCCCUCAAUUUCGCCACGUCGAUCUAUACAAUCUCCAACAUGCGUCGUCCGCAAGUCAAGAAACAAAAGACUUUCCAUGAGAAUGGCGAUAUCCCUCUUCACACCGCAAAACCCACGGUUCUCUUUACACCCAAGGGAGGACGCACGCACACACUGAGUAUCGCUCUCCCCGGGAGUAUUGUCGCCAAUGCCCACUCCCCCGAACAAAAAACCCUUCUGGCCGGCACCAUCGCCCGCGCCUUGGCCGUCUUCUGCGUCGAUGAAGUCGUCAUCUUCGACGACGAUGAGGGCGCCCUCCGUCGGAAUCGCAACCACCCCGACCACGAAGACUACGACCCCAUCGCCAAAACCAGCGAUGAACUGAACGCUCCAGGCAAAGGCUACACGGCCUACUCCGAUCCCUCUCACUUCCUGGCCCACCUCCUCUCCUACCUCGAGACCCCGCCGUAUCUGCGCAAACACCUCUUCCCCAUGCAUCCCAACCUGCGCACAGCCGGCCUGCUGCCCAGCCUCGACAUGCCCCAUCAUCUGCGCGCCAACGAGUGGUGCGACUACCGCGAGGGCAUCGUCGUCGGGGAGCUCCACCAGCAGGAUGACUACCACCCAUACGGCCAGAACCAGUAUCCCCGACAGCGCCGCUGCUCCAGCCAGUCCAUCCAGUCCGACGACUCCAACACCACCGUCAUCGACACCGGUCUGUCGGAGAAGGUCGUCGUCCCCAACAUCCAGCUACCCGAGCACGCCCGCGUCACCGUCCGCUUCAGCCAGCCGGGCGCUCCCCUCGCCGAGCCCUGUCCCUUUGACGGCGGCUACGACCUCUCCUUCGGGACGUCGGAGCGCGGCGCCCCCGUUGCUGCAGUGCUCGAGGACGAGGAGGGCGACCCGCGCGAGCGUCCUCCGGACUUUGGCCACAUGCUCGUGGUCUUCGGCGGCGUGGCCGGCAUCGAGAACGCUGUCCGCAACGACCCCCAGCUGCGCAACAUGGCCGUGCGUCCAUCCGAGGCCGGCAAGCUCUUCGACUACUACGUGAACCUACUGCCGGGCCAAGGCAGUCGCACCAUCCGCACCGAGGAGGCUGUCUGGUUGGGCCUGACGAGUCUGCGGGGGGUGGCUGAUGGGACGCAGCGGCCGAAGGAGUCGUAUCGGUAUAAUGGGGCGUGAUUUCUUACUCAAAAAAGUGUUGCCUGUUCCAGGCGUCCAUGGUGCAUGCAUACUGGCGUGGCGUUCGAUCGGUUAUAGAUCAAUUAACGUAUAUUAUUAUUAGCA